UCUCACGUUCUUGAAAAAAAAAAAAAAAGGCAAAAGAAAAUCCACAUCUGGAAUCCAGAGCCCGUGGUUUAGGGGAAUCUAUACUAGGAUCUCGUAGUAAAGGUGGCUCGGUGUUUUUCUUCCUCUCUGACUCUUUUCAAGGAUUCUUCACUUCACCUUGUUGUACAGGUUGAACGCAACCAUGCUGGUCGUCCUGAUCGGAACAGUCAUUUUGCACCUUCUGGAUCUGAUCCUGCUGCUCAUUUCUACAUCUGUGAAUGCCUGGAGGACAUUUAAGACAAGGAGUUAUGACCUCUGGUAUGACUGCCGAACAAAGAAUGGAGGAUAUGACUGCACAGGUGCCAGUGAUGCAGACUGGCUGCAGGCAGUACAGGCUUUGAUGAUCCUAGCAACAAUCUUCUGCCUGCUGUCUUUGAUCUUAUUCGUGUGGCAACUCUUCACCCUGAACAAGGGAGGACGAUUCUUCUUCACGGCUGUCUUUCAGAUCCUCUCCAGCCUAUUUGUGAUGAGUGGAGCUAUAAUCUACACAGUGAUGAGCCCAGGAGGGCAGGAUGAGGACCAUUCUUUCGGCUUUGCCUUCGUCCUAGCCUGGCUAGCAUUCCCUCUCACUCUGAUAAGUGGCCUCAUUUACAUCGUUCUGAGGAAGAAGGAAUGAAGGAUCAGUGGAGAGACUCCCGCUGUCAUCACUGAGAAUGACACUCAGUCCACAGACCUAAAUGGCCUUUUCCUACCGGUCUGUAUAAUAAUGCCAAAUGUGUGAUCAUGCAAAAGUGACAAAUCAUGAAGAUCCAACUCAAUGACGACUCAACGAGGAUGAGUCUGUGGCUUGUGAUACUAUUUAUAUCACUUUUACAUAGUUUUUGUACAUAUGAAUGUUGAAACCUUGUUGAUGAAGGCCCAUAUUUUGAAGCUGACCAAAAAGCAGAUAGUAUAAAGAUCACUUUUAUCCUUGUGUGUUUUACUCCAUAUCUUGUAUCUAAUAGAAAUACAUUCUUAAAAUCCAAUUUCACAAUGAUUGUAUGAUGAAAUUCUGCUUAUUUUUAUGUGAUAAACCAAAAAGAUUUUAAAAUUUUUUUGUUCUGUUCAUAUUUUUUAAUAGUGAAAUGGUGCUAUGUUUUUUUUGCCUUCAAUUAAUAGCUAGAUAUUCCUAUAAGCUCAAAGUCUAAUAAUUUGAG